AUGAGCAAGACAACUGAACACAUGCUUUCCCAAUUAAACCGACAGGAGACUGAGUGUCAGCAGUGGACAGAGAACCAAACUGAUGAGGACUCUGACACAGAAGAGAUCCUGUGUGAAAUCCAUGAGAGCUAUGCCACUGACCUGUAUCGCCACCCCCAGCUGGACGCAGACAUCGAGGCUGUCAGGAUGCUGUAUUCAGACUCUGCAGUAUCCAUCAGGGAGUACGGGUCUAUAGAGGAUGUGGAUAUUGACUUAAACAUUAAUGCCAACGUUUUGGGGGUGGAGGUGGCCGAAGCCUGGAGGAUUAAACCAUCAGAGCCAAUCAUUAUUCGCCUUCACUUUUCUAUUUCUCAGUAUCUUGACGGACCUGCACCUUCAGUUGAAGUCUUUCAGUCGUCCAAUACAGAUCAUUUCUGUUUUGGGAAACAACUACAAAAUAUUCUUACAGUCUUCAUAGCUCGGGAGUGGAAACAUCUGACUAAUGAGAACAUCGUAGUCCAACAGAAGAACAGACACACUUGGUUCAGGCCCGGUGGAACCAUCAAGAAAUUUCGUGCACGAUUUAGCAUCUGGCUCCCACUGUCUAAAUCCAGCGAGUUCCAGGGACCUACUGUGAGGAACAGGAUCGAUUUGCCUGCAAUGAAACUAAAUCAUUUCACAAAUCAUACAACUGCCUAUACCAUCAAGAAUCCCAAAGGGGAGCUCUUCACCUACACACCCAGUGGAAAGAGGGUGGUGGUGUCAGCAGUGAAGUCAUCGGCACAGCUUAGCACCAAACAGCUGAUAGAACUGCUUUUCUCCUCCCAGGCCAUCAGACACUGUAAGGCCACUCCUUCUCUACAACAUGGCUUCUUGGUGCAGAUAAUGAGGUAUGCUGAACAGAGGAUCCCCACACUGAAUGAAUACUGUGUGGUCUGUGAUGAGCGACAUGUGUUUCAGAAUGGCCAGAUGUUAAAGUCAGCAGUUUGCACCAGGGAACUCUGUGUCUUUUCCUUUUAUACGUUGGGGGUUAUGUCUGGAGUUACGGAGGACGUUGCUACCGGUGCAGAGGUUGUUGACCUGCUGGUGGCUAUGUGCAGAGCUGCUCUUCAAUCUUCACGCAAGGGCAUCAUAUUUGAACCGUAUCCAUCUGUUGUUGACCCAUGCAACCCCAAAACCCUGGCCUUUAGUCCAAAGAGAAAGAGCUACGACAGGCUUCAAAAGGCUCUAGACGGUGUCUUGUUAAUCAGAAGAAUGGCACAGGGUCCGUAUUGUGAACUAAAGAAGCAGAUGGACAAGAUCGACCCUCUCGCUUAUCCCUUACUGCAGUGGAUUUUAGCCAGCAACAGGUCACACAUUGUCAAACUUCCACUGAACAGGCAACUGAAGUUUAUGCACACGCCUCAUCAGUUCCUACUGAUCAGCAGCCCCCCAUCCAAAGAGGCUCGUUUUCAAACUGCCAGGAAACUUUUUGGCAGCACGUUUGCUUUCCAUGGUUCCCACAUUGAAAACUGGCAUUCGAUUUUACGAAAUGGGCUGAUUAAUGCCUCUUAUACAAAACUGCAGCUUCAUGGAGCUGCAUAUGGGAAAGGCAUCUAUUUAAGCCCAAUCUCAAGCAUAUCAUUUGGAUAUUCUGAGAUGGGUAAAGGACGACACCAAAUGCCAACCAAAGAAGAACUCAUACAGAAAAACAACCGAAUAAACAAAAUCAAACAGGAGCAACCGGGACAUGUCAGGUUUCUGCAGAGCAGGAACCUAAACUGCAUUGCACUCUGUGAAGUCAUAACUUCAAAGGACCUUCAAAAACAUGGCAACAUUUGGGUGUGUCCGAUAUCCGACCAUGUGUGUACACGUUUCCUCUUUGUGUAUGAAAAUGGCCAAGUGGGAGAUGUCCACAUCAACACUCAGGAAGCCAGCAUCCACAAGGAAAUUUUACAGGUCAUUGCUACAAACCCAUGCUAA